GACACAAAAAUCGCGGAUAAACCAUGCAAAAUCUACUUUUAUCUAUCUAUGUUUAAUUCUAGGAUGGCUAUAACAUUUUGCUGCACACCCGGGUUAUGAAAAUAGCCCCACUUCUGAAUGGAGUGGACAGGAAUUAUGCCGAAAAAACGGCUUUCUUUGUUGGCUCUGGGAUUAUGUACAUGUAUAAUUCUGAGUUUGGGAGUGCAUGUGGAAGCCAGCGGAGGAAGCAAGAAUGAAACAAAGUCUGAACGAUAUCCCCUGGUUGUGUUUGACUUUGCAAGAAUAGAACUACCGUUUGUUAUAUGCGUUUGGAUCCUGAUAGCCUGUCUAUCAAAAAUAGCUUUCCAUCUCAACAGCAAGCUACCCACCGUCGUCCCCGAGAGUUGUCUCCUCAUCGUCCUUGGCCUCGCUGUUGGCUGCAUCCUUCACUUCAGUCAUGUUGCCUCUACCUCGGAAUACGUCCUCGAUGCUAACGUCUUCUUCAUCUAUCUUCUCCCACCAAUCAUCUUUGAUGCGGGCUACUUCAUGCCAAUACGCCCGUUCUUUGAUAACGUUGGCUCCGUGUUGCUCAUGGCUGUCGUUAACACCGCUUUCAACACAGUGGCCAUUGGUGUAUCUCUGUGGGCCGUGUCUCUGUGGGGCUUGGUGGGGCGAACCAUCAGUCUACUACACUGUCUCAUCUUUAGCGCUUUGAUCUCCGCUGUGGAUCCAGUUGCUGUGAUCUCAGUUUUUGAGGAAGUCCAUGUCAACGAGAUGCUUUACAUCAUCGUUUUUGGUGAAAGCUUACUCAAUGAUGGGGUCACUGUGGUGCUGUAUCAUAUGAUGGAAGGUUUUAUCGAGCUCGGGGAAGACAAUAUCAUACCCAUAGACGUUGUAACAGGAUUCGGGUCGUUCCUAAUCAUUGCUCUUGGAGGGUCCAUUAUCGGUAUCCUGUAUGGCCUGUUUGGCGGCUUUAUCACCAAGUAUACGGACCAUGUGAAGGUCAUUGAGCCGUUGUUUGUGUUCGUCCUUGGGUACCUCAUGUAUCUUACCUCAGAAAUGUGCCAUCUCUCAGGAAUUCUCGCUUUAUCAUUUGGUGGCAUUGUUUUACGUCACUACAUGGAACAUAACGUCUCAAAGAAGACUGCUGUUACCAUCAAAUACUUCAUGAAGAUGUUGGCGAACAUCUCAGAGACAAUCAUCUUCAUGUUCCUCGGCCUGUCAACGAUCGUGGACACGCUCGACUGGAACCUCAGUUUCAUCUUCUUCGCCCUCUUCUUCUGUCUUGUGUACAGGAUCAUGGGUGUGGCCGUCCUGGCCUGGUGUCUCAAUCGGCGGCGUCUUAUCAAGCUGGGCUUUAUUGACCAGUUCAUCAUGGCAUACGGCGGGCUGCGUGGGGGGAUUGCGUUUUGUCUCGCUCUCUCACUGGAGGAGGAACUUGUCCCGGAGAAGCCCCUCUUUGUCACAGCAACCAUCAUGAUCGUCUUCUUUACAGUAUUUGUUCAGGGUAUUUCUAUCAAGCCAGUCGUGAACGCGCUCAAGGUGCCGAGACAGCCACAGGAAGAUCCAUCACUGAACGAGAAAAUUCACGAAACUAUGUUGGAUCAUUUGAUGGCGGGAAUCGAGGACCUCACAUCCCACUCCUCACAUAACCUCAUGAGGACCAGGUUCCGACGUUUCAACACUAAAUACCUGCAGCCCAUGUUGUGCAAAGAGCCGGCCAAACCGCAUGCUGCUAAGAUCGUCAAUGUUCACUUUGAGUUGACGGAACAGGACGCCAUUAAAAGAAGCGCAAGCAUCAUUCUUACACCCACGGUUCUCGGGUCAUCGGCAGAUCUUUACGAUGACCAUAAAAGAGCACUGAUUGAGAGUUCAGCUAAACGUAGUGCCGUGAUAUCCAUGGACCGAGAUGAAGAUUCCAUAGCCUUCCAACACGCACUGUAUGCCAGACAACCAAGGAUUGAAUCGAGGAAAUCAAAAUCGGUUCAGUGGUCAUUGCCUCAUAAUCGACACACUCUGGCCGAUUCCCAGGAGAGUGUGGACCGUGUCGUCUACCAUCGUAACCCGCAGAGGCGUGUCAGCAACACCCAGCAGCCCACAUUGACUAACGGAGCCGUACAGAGAAGUACACGCAAACCGAGUCACACGAGUGCUUCAUCAGAGAGUGAGUUUGCCGCAGUGACAAUCAAUUUUUCCGGACAGAAAGAUACCUCGCCCACAACGACAACAACAACGAUGCAUCCCACAGCUCCCUCAGAACUUCCCUUGGCAAAUGUGCCUCCAACCACAAAUGUCCUCCCCUGGCAGGAAAUAUCUGACCCCUCCCCCACCCACCAUCUUGCCCACUCCAUACCCAAUGAUGAGCCGGUUAUAGCACAUGUGCCGUCCUGGGUAAACAAUCUCUCGUAUUCGCAUAUCACAGAAACCGGCUCACCGUACGUGUCUCCACAGACAACCGUCAUUCCAAUACCAGUAAACGAGCAUAAAAACUUGUUUACUCUUUUCCCGGAAUUAAACGGAAAAGGUUCAAGUGAUGAAAACAAUGAUGAUUCACAGAAAGAGAAUGAAAAUCAAGUGACAUGCAGUGAUAAUUUUAAUUUUCCAACCCCUUGGGGGACUGUUUCUGAAGAUAAUCCUAUUGUGUCAUAUAUGCCGAAUGAAAACGGCACGCGGACAGACAAUUAUCUACAUUCCGCUCAUAACGAGCAAGCCCCUGAUCAUCACCAUGUGAUUAUUCCUACCAACGAGUAUUUGCAAAUAGAAUCAUCAAACAGUUCAUGCAAACAUAAUAGUCAUUUGACGGAAGUGGCGUCAGCACCAGAUUUGAAACACUGGAGACCGAUCGCAAAAUCGUCACGAUCCUACCUCUCAGAAAGUGAUCGGAUGCAAUCAGACACAAUGUUAUCAGAAAUGGCAUUUAUAGACAGUGUCAAAGGCCGUAUUCAAGAUUGGUUAAAAGUAGCGACAGACGAUGAAGAUAAUGACGCAGAUGAGGAGGACGAAGAUGGAGAUGACGAACAAGAUGGUCUUGCCGCAGCCGAUGAAAUAGAAAAAGAAUUAGAUAAAGCUAUGAGUAUGGGCAAAAAACAAUAAUGAAAGUUUAGAUUUAGUCAUAUACUAGUCUUUCAUAUUAUAUUUGAUAGCAUUCUUGUUCCACAAUGUAAUUUAUGUGUUUUCAAAGUUAUGAUUCUUUUUCCGUAAGAUCAAAUGAGUUAAAUCUAAUGUCACUUGAAGGGGUUUAUUGAUUUUCAUGGUACGGUAAACAAUGUGUUAUAAACAUCUGUGAUAGCCUUUAUAUACACAGGAGAAUGAAUUUUUGAUCAAUUAAAUUUGUAUUAUGAUAUGCAUUUUGAAGGUUGAAUAUAUGUAUAUAGUUUGCAUUUAUGCAGGAUGUAGUUACUGUAUUAAAUUUUAUUUUAUGAUAUUUAAAACUGCCAUUAAUAUAUAUAAAGAUGAAAAUCUUUUUUGUUCUUAAAGCAUUAAAUAUCAUUAUAUAAGAUAUUGUCAAAAUGCCAGUACCAUUAAUAUUUAAUGAAAGUAUAGUUAAAGCUUAAAUCAUUGCCAUGAUAACUGCCCGAUAUUUCCAAAUAAACGGCCCAAUAUUCCAAAAUAAACGGCCCAAUAUUUCCAAAUAAACGGCCCAAUUUUCAAAUAAACAGUGGACUCAGAAGGUUGGGAUUUCUACUCAUAACAUGUGGAAGAAUCUUAAUAAUUAUGAUUAAAACAGAUUUAUAAUAUGCUUUUUGGUGAUUUGUCGAGAUUUGUCAGUGAAAUAAAAUUGAUAUUUCACUGUUUUAAACAGUGAAAAUAAAAAAUUGAUAUUUUUCACUGUUUUGAAAUUUUAGCCUGCUGUUGAGUGUGGAAAACAAUUUUAACAACAUUUUUUUCGUUAUUACGUUACAUGUGCAAACAAAUUGGCACAUUUUUUCUAAAAAGUGUAAUAACUGAUAUUUUAUUUAAGGAAAAAGUGUUUGUUUCAGUGUAAGAUAGCAAUAUAUUUCACCUCAUGAACACCAGAGUAAAAAUUCCACUCCUGGCUAUGCCAUUCGUGAUUCGUGAAAUAUAUCUCACGGUGCUCACUUGAUGAAAUAUAUUACUUCUUACACUGAAACAAACAAUUAUCCUCUAUUUAUCAUGCAUGCACCAAGUUUAUUAUGAUCUAUUAUAUUCUUCUCUUAUAUAUGAUAUGUAGUUCAUUCAGAAAUAUUGGUUCUGAAUUGUGACACAAGAAGAAUGACAAAAGGAAUCGUACAUAUUCAAGUAGAAUAUACAACGUUUUUCCAGAUUUUGUCAAUCAGGGGCCGUAUUCAAUAUAGUUCUUAUACUUAGACAUGCCUCAAUGAUUCCAUUCCGUCUAUUGGCCAGUUAAUUUUACAGUCGUGAAAAAAUACUCAGAUUCUACUAUUAAAAUAAAUUAUAUCUCUAAACUGUUUCUCUCUCAGAAAAGUGUCCAUUUUUCUCAAGAAUUCAACAUUUUUUCCCAAAUGAAUUGAUAUUCCCCCUUCUAAUUGAAUUCCUUUUUAUCUAGAGUUUAAAUUUACAAAAUCUGCUUUGCAUUUUUAUUGAAGGCAUCUCCGUUCUCGAAUAUCUGCUCUUGUUUCCAGACUAAAUCUGGUCCGGGUAACAGCAAAAUAAAUUAUAUUUGUUUCAUCUUUAGUGUUUUUAGCACAUCGUUACACACCUGGGCUUUACACAAUGUAACAGCAUUUUCCCAGCGUUGAAGAAAAUAAUUUUCAAUAGUAUUUUAAGUAUCUCAAUAUUUUGUGCUCGAAAUAAUGACUUGGUCAUAUUUUCAGUUUAAAAUUAUCUUCAAAUACAGAUACACACCAAUGACAAAUAUUCUAAACAUCUUUCAUGAGAUAAUUUUUUAAUAAAAAAUUAAACCCUAAUAAGUCAUACUACUCAGAAGUGUUAUAAACAGAUAUAAUAAGUCAGACAAGCUGUCCUGCUAAAUGUCUCAGCUCUAGUCUGUAUUUUCACAUAUAAUAUGAAAUUUAAACAGUUCAUAAGUAAAAUAAUGUUUUUGGACAUACCACACUUAUUUUCCUAGUGGAAAGGCACAUGCAGCAAAAUUAUUUUGAAUAAAAAUCGCUAAAUCUAAAGAGGUUAUUGAAGACGGCCCCAGGGUGCUAUCACGGUCAAAUUCGUGACAGCGAGAGCUAUGCAUAAAGUUGUAAUUUAUGCAUUGUAAAUAUUAGUUUGAAUUAGCCCAAUGUGUGAUUCAAGUAUCGUGCCAAUCAAAUUCAUGUUUAACCUCUAGUUGGGGUUCUGGUGAACUUUUGAGCAAGUGUGUAUUUGAUUUAACCUGUAUUAUCUUAAUCAAUUUAAUCAAUUGUUUAUUUAAUGUAAGAUAUGGUUGAUUUAUCAGAAUAUAUAAUUAUAAAGUGUAUUCUUUGAAAUUUCAAAACAAUCCACUAUCAGAAAGUUGACUACAUGUUAUGUUUCAAAUCAUUGUACUAUUAUUAUGAUGUAUUAUUAUAACAUGGCUAAAAUGACCAUUUAUUUUGUAUUUCUAAGAUUUCGACUAGAAACAAUAAAGCGUAUAUAAUU